AUGAUCCUUCCGCAGGUUCACCUACGGAAACCUUGUUACGACUUUUGCCCGGUUCAAGCCACUGCGAUUAAAGCGAUUUCCACCAAAGAAUCUCCACCCCGAAAGGUAUCAAAACAGCAGUCUCCGCUUUUCUCGAAACGGCUCAGUCCCGGGCAGCGACGGGCG